AUGGACUCCCUCAAAGCGACACUCGACGGUCUGCUCCAAGCCGCUACUUCCAAGCCCGAUGGCAUUCCCGGAGUGUCUCUCGUCAUAACCCGGUCUACAGGCCCCAUAUACUCCGGCGCUGCGGGUGUGCGGGACCUCGCCAACCCCCAGCAGCCCAUGACGGUUGACACCGUGCUCUGGAUCGCAAGUAUGAGCAAGGCUGUUACGAGUAUAUGCGCCAUGAUGGUCGUUGAGCGGGGACUGAUUGGGCUGGAUGACGAUCUCAGGCCGAUAAUCCCCGAGCUGAAAGAUCUCCAGGUAAUCGACCGCACAAAGCCGUUCGAGGACGGGAACUACACCCUCAAGCCCGCGACAAAGGCUGUCACUCUUCGACACAUGCUUACCCACUCUAACGGUAUCCUCUACUCUAUGUGGUACCCGCAUUCCCAGGCCUACGCGGACAAGCACGGGAUUCCUGGGUUGCGCACCGGGAAGCGGGAGGCCUUCAAGUUCCCCUCCUGGCACGAGGCAGGGGAGGAAUGGCAUUACGGGAUGGGGAUCGACUAUGCCGGCCUUGUGGUCGAACACUGUUCCGGGCUUAAACUGGGCGAAUUCAUGCGCCAGAACCUGUUUGACCCGCUCGGGAUGACAAGUACCGGGUUCAACAUGCGACCGGAUAUGCUGGCUCGGAAAGCUGCCCCUUACGCAAGGAAAGAGGGCAAGAUCCUUCCCAACGAAGGGGAGAUGUUCGCCUUUGAGGUAGAGCAGGAGUCAGGUGGUGGAGGACUGUGGAGCACGGCAGAGGACUAUGCCAAGUUCUUGAGGAUGAUCUUGAGUGGGGGCAAGACACCCGAGGGGAAGGUGCUCAUCAAGAAAGAGACUAUUGACCUGGGGAUGCAGGGGCAUUUGGAGCCGGGUGCGAAGCAGAGCAUCAACGAUGGGCAUAAGGAGACGCAGCCGUCCAAGCACCCCGGAGCGAAGCGCGACUAUGGUCUUUUCGGCAUGACAUUCGAGCAAGACCUCACCACCGGCCGCCCAGCAGGCAGCAUCCAGUGGGACGGCGCCCCCUCGUGCCACUGGUUCGUAGACACCAAGACGGACGUAGCGCUCGUGCAGUGUGUGCAGAUCCUGCCGUUCGGAGAUCCGGACGUGCAAAAACUGGUGGUUGGCGUGGAGACGGAGGUGUAUAAGGCACUUAAGGCGUGAGUGACGGUGUGACGUGUAUUG